CAUCAAUAUAUAUUGACCAUUUAAACGUAUUAUUCCUUACUUUGCAUUUUGACCUUUAUUUUAUUAUAUUUUUCUUCUCCUAUAUACACGCAAACUCCAUAAUCAUAAUCAGACAUUCUUGAAUGAGUUAUCUUUUCUUCAGAUGGACAAAUCUGAAAAAAUCGCUUACGCAUCUGUCCUGUCUCUUCUCUCACUCUUUCUUCUCCUUCUCAUCAUUUUCCUCCUCUUACUAUGCAAAAAGAAACCAAUCCGGUCCGACGAAUCCCUCCUCCCAAAAACCAAACCAGCCGGAACCACUUACCCUCUAACCGAACUAGACUCAGCAACCGACGGAUUCAGCCAACGACGAAUCAUCGGUAGCGGCCGGUUAGGAACGGUUUACGCAGCGGUUAUCACAUCCCACAAAAACCUCGUCGCGGUCAAAAGAAUACACCCCGGUUUAGUUUUAAGCAAACCGGGUUCCGGUUUCACCACGGUUCUCAAAACGCUCUCUUCCGCUCUCCACCCCAACCUCGUCUCCAUCCUAGGCUUCUCCGAAGCUCCCGGCGAGAGGAUCGUCGUCACCGAGUUCAUCGGAGAAGCGAAAACUUUGAGUGAUCACUUACACGACGACGUAGACUCCGAACCGGCGGUUACAACAACCGUUUUUGAUUGGCGGAAACGUUUCAGAGUGGCGGCGGGAGCGGCGAGAGGUUUGGAGUAUCUACACGAGAUCGUAAACCCUAGAAUCGUCCACGGUGGAGUCACGUCGUCGAACAUACUCGUGGAUGAGAAGUUCUUGGCGAAGGUUUCGGACUACGGGUUCGCGUUCUUGAUCCCGCGCGAGAAGGCGGAGGUUUCUUGGUACGUUGAAGAAGGGUAUUGUAAAGAGAGCGAUGUUUAUGGAUUCGGCGUCGUUUUGCUUGAGAUUUUGAGCGGGAGGAGGAGUGAGAACGGGUUGAUAGUGAAGUGGGCGACGCCGUUGAUUAAAGAGAAGAGAUUCGGUGAGCUUUUGGAUCCGAGGGUUGUUGUUGAGAGUGAGAUGAAGUGUUUGGUGAUAAGGUUGGCGAAGGUUGCUUUGGCUUGCGUCGGGAAUUCGCGGAGGAGUAGGCCGUCGGUUUCUCAAGUGGCGGCGAUUUUGAAUAGUUUGGAGAGGGAAGGAGGAGGGGUGAUUUGAGCAUUUUGAAAAGUUUUGGGGUUAGUUAUUAAUGAAUUAGUUGUGUUAAUUAAUGCUACUAAUAAUGUUUGUUAGGCCGUGUACAUUAACUUACUUUGGGGUAUAUAAUUGGUUUCGUAUGAUUUUGUUAACAUCGAUCUAUAAAAUUUGGGAUAUUAUAAUUCUGGAAGUGCGAAUAUUAUUUGAUAUGAUAAAAAUAAUUUUCGAAUGCUCUGUCGGAAACAAUUAUAGAUUACGAGGAUUUAUA